AUGCGGGCCGUUUACUACACAGGAUCGGACAUCUCAAUCAUCUCCCACCGAUCCUGGAUCAAAAUUGGCCGUCCGAAGAUCCAGCAAGCAGAGUGCAGUGCCAAAACAGCGUCCGGAGAGGCGCUCAAUCUGGUAUCACAGAUCCAGUGCCAGAUCACAGUCAACGGAACCACCAAGGGCGGUCGGUGUUACAUCGCUCCGUCUAACGUCAACCUCGAUAUUUUCGGCAUCGACUGGCUUGACUUGUUUGGGUUGUGGGACAAUCCGAUCAGCACUCUCUGCAACAAGGUCGACGUUCAGCCAUCUCAGAGCUUGGCUACCCUGCGAACACGGUUCCCCAACGUUUUCACGGACAAGAUGGGCCUGUGCAACAAAUCUCCAGUCCAUCUAGUGCUUAAGGGUGAUCCAAAGCCGGUAUUCCGACCGAAACGCCCGGUCGCUUAUAGUAUGGAGAGUGUCGUCGAAGAAGAACUCCAUCGGCUCGAGAAAUUGGGAAUCAUCAAGCAGGUCGAUUUUUCCGAUUGGGCAGCCCCAAUUGUCGCCGUGCGGAAGCCGAAUGGAACGGUGCGAAUCUGCGCGGAUUUCUCGACCGGCCUCAACAGCGUUCUCGAACCGAAUCACUACCCGUUGCCUCUUCCGGACGACAUUUUUGCGAGAAUGGUUGGCUGUCGGAUUUUCAGCCACAUCGACUUAUCCGACGCUUACCUGCAGGUUCCGGUGGACGAGGCGAGCCAGCAGCUACUCACCAUCAACACGCACAAGGGCUUAUUCCGGUACACAAGGCUCUCGCCAGGCAUCCGGUCCGCCCCUGGUGCGUUUCAGCAACUGGUUGAGACCAUGCUAGCAGGCCUAGCAUCUACAUCCGGGUACCUCGACGACAUUCUGGUGGGUGGCAGGAACGAGGAAGAACAUCAGCGCAACCUGUUCUUGUUCCUACAGCGAUUGGAAGAAUUCGGGUUUACCGUCCGAAUCGAGAAGUGCAGUUUUUACAUGCCACAGGUUAAGUACUUGGGCCAAAUUCUUGACGGCAACGGUAUCCGGCCUGACCCAGCAAAAAUCGCUCCCAUCGUCAACAUGCCACCCCCGCACGACGUCCCAUCGCUGCGCUCCUACUUGGGUGCGGUGAAUUAUUAUGGGAAAUAUGUGAAGGAGAUGCGUGCCCUACGGUACCCCAUGGACCAACUGCUCAAAACUGGUGUCAAGUUCGAGUGGUCCAAAGCUUGCCAAACCUCCUUGGACAAGUUUCGGGAAGUUCUGCAGUCACCCUUGCUUCUGACACAUUUCAAUCCGAAGCUAGACAUCAUUGUGUCCGCCGACGCUUCCAAUGUUGGCAUUGGCGCUCGCAUCGCUCAUCGCUUCCCUGACGACAACGUUAAGGCUAUUUGUCACGUUUCUCGUGGCCUCACCCCGGCCGAAAGCAAUUAUAGCCAAAUUGAAAAGGAGGGCCUGGCUUUAAUUUUCGCGGUCACACGGUUCCACAGGAUGAUUUACGGUCGUCGCUUUAUCCUGGAAACCGAUCAUAAGCCGCUCCUUUCCAUCUUCGGAUCCAAGCAAGGCAUCCCCGUCUACACAGCCAACCGGCUACAAAGAUGGGCCUUGACUUUAUUACUCUACGAUUUUGAAAUACGCUAUGUGUCAACAGAUUCCUUCGGCCACGCCGACAUAUUAUCACGGCUUAUCAAUCGACACGUCCGGCCAGAAGAGGAAUAUGUUAUUGCAAGCCUUGAGCUCGAACACAUGGUAAGAACUGUUGUCCAUCAAUCGCUUUCGAAUUUCCCAGUUUCGUUUAAGGUGAUCCAAUCUGAAACUGGAAAAGACAACACUCUUCAGCAAGUCAUUCGGUGCAUCCAGUCCGGAUGGCCCCCGAAACAAUCAAGUAUCUCCGACGAAAAACUUCAACAGUUUUUCCAGCGACGUGAAGGUCUCUCUGUCGUCGCUGGUUGUGUGAUGUAUGGAGAACGACUGACCAUCCCGACCGGAAACCAAAAACGAGUGCUGCAACAGUUACAUAAAGGGCAUCCGGGGAUCGAGCGAAUGCGCUCCGUGGCUCGCCAAUAUGUCUAUUGGCCAAACAUCGACGAAGACAUCGCCAAACUCGUUCGGGCAUGCCAUGAGUGCGCUAGUGUUGCCAAAACAGACCGGAAAACCGACCUCAAAUCCUGGCCAACUCCGGAAAAGCCAUGGCAGAGGCUUCAUCUCGAUUACGCUGGUCCUGUUGACGGGUACUACUACCUCGUACUUGUCGACUCUUACUCGAAGUGGCCAGAAAUCGUUCGUACCAAGGAAAUUACCACAACAGCUACUCUGCGGAUGCUCCGCGGAAUUUUCGCCAGAUUUGGGGUCCCGGAAACGCUUGUGUCCGAUAACGGUACACAAUUUACCAGCUACCAGUUUGAGCGUUUUUGUGACACAAAUGCCAUUAUGCACCUAAAGACCGCACCGUUUCAUCCACAGUCAAACGGCCUAGCCGAGAGAUUCGUAGACACCUUUAAAAGAUCUUUCAAGAAAAUUAUCGCCGGGGGAGAGGCACUAGACGAAGCAAUUGACACGUUUUUAUUGUGCUAUCGUUCAACACCAUGCAGGAGUGCACCGAGUGGGAAAUCGCCUGGAGAACUUCUACUGGGCCGACCAAUGCGAACCAGCCUGGAUUUGCUUCGACCACCUUCCGAGGUCCACAAAGACGGAACAGCCAGCCAAGAAGAUCAGUUCAACAAAAAAACAUGGUACCAAAGCGAGGAACUACAGCAUCCAAAGUCUCGUUUGGGCCAAGGUGUACCGCAACAACGAUUGGACCUGGGAAGCCGGUGUCGUCCUGGAACGCUUGGGGAAAGUCAUGUAUAA